UUUGGUUAUCUUCAUGUUUUAACAUUUUUAGAAAUUGUUUGGAACACUUUAAAUGUUUAUAAAGGAAACAAUUUAAAAAGUAAAAUUUAGGUUAAGAUUAUUAUGGCGGAACUUGAAGAACAACUAGCGGAUGAGCGAGAAGCGUUACUAUCAAUUUAUGAGGGUGAUACAAACUUUAAGCAAAUUGACGCGAACACUUUUCAAUACAAGUAUGGCGAAGAUGACCAUUAUAAAUCGUUUUUGGUAGAAAUUCAGUGGACAGAUACCUACCCAAAUGAAAUUCCGAAAAUAAAUAUGGAUACUUUCUACAACCGCAAUUUAAUUCUUGAUGUCAAAACAAAAAUAAAAGGAGUAAUAGAGGAAGAGGCAGAACAGUGGUUAGGAUGUGGAAUGACCUAUACACUAUUUGAAUGUCUCAAGGAUCGACAAGAUGAACUUACUAGCGGUCAACCUGAACAUGCGCCAACACCAUCAAUUGAUUUAGAUACUUUUGGAGUAAAUGCAAUAAAAAUCUCAGAUAGUGGAGACACCAACAAAAAGAAGGAAACAAAAAAAGAACAAUUAACGAAGGCUCAAAAACGUCGUCAAUGGGAACGCACAGAUCACAAGGGCGACAAACCACGGGGCUGGGAUUGGGUAGAUCUUGUUAAACACCUUUCACAAACUGGGAAUAAAGAUAAUGGCAACGAUGUGAGCACCGCAAACAUUUCUAACCCAAGUAUAAAUGCGGAGGGUGUUCUGUUACAACCGCUAAACAUUUAGCAUUGUGCAAAUGUUGGAAGUUAUAAAUUUUACAUACUAAAUACUAAAUGCAAAAAAUAUUUGAAUAUUUUGAAGCUGAUAUUUUAAAACCCUCUCUAGCCUAAAUCCAAUAUUGCAAUUUUACCACACAGGAACUUCUGAAAAUAAAUCUUAAAAUCGUAAGAAGUCAUAUACAA